UAGGAUGUCAGAAGAUGGCGCUAGACCUUUUCGCGGUUUAUUUGAUUUUUGUGGUUGUAGGAUGUAGCUACCGAAUAUAUUUUUGCCUUGACUUGUAUUCUUUUUCAGAGUCAACUAUCACUUCUGUAUAUCAGUUAUUGCUCCCUGGAUUUCUAGAAGAAGUAUAAAUGUUGAGACAACAUGCGUUUCAGGGCAAAGAUAUUUGAUAUUGGAACCAUCGAGCAAUUUACAAGAGUUGCUGGAACAGUAGCCAAACUGACUCAGUUAUGUGUACUGAGAAUAACUUCAGACAGGAUGUAUUUCAUUCUCAAUGAUAAAGUUUCCAAAGGGCAUCUCUGGUGUGAUCUUCAAGCUCUGAAUAUAUUCAGUGAGUUCAGUAUGGAAGGAAUCGCCGAGGAUGCCAAUGAGAUCUUCAUGGAAGUAAAUCCUGAUGACCUCGUGAGGGCGCUAAAGACUGCUCAGACUGCCAAGUCCGUCAAGAUCAAACUCACCAAGAAAUUCAGUCCCUGUUUAUCUCUUGAUGUAGAGUUGCCAUCAAGAACAGGCCACAGCCGAACAAUCACUCAUGAUAUACCUGUCACUGUCAUGCCAAGGAGACAAUGGGAGGAAUAUAGUGAACCAACUCUACCAGAUUUUGAUGCUACCAUUUGUAUGCCACCAUUGAAGGUCAUAAGAACUGUUGCAGAAAGGAUGAAGAAUCUUGGAAGUUAUCUUGAAUUAUCUGCUAACCAGAAUGGUGAGAUGAGAUUAAGAGUGGAGAGUGAGCAGGUCACGGUGUCAACGCACUUUAGAAAUCUAGAAAAUCCUAAUUGGGAUGAUGCUGAUUCUCAGAACAGUCAGAGGGACCCGUCUCUUCUUGUUGGAGCUAAAGUGGACAUCAGAAAAUUUAUUCAUUUCUUAUCAGGCCAACAGCUCAACCCAGCCAAGAUCAUUUGUAGCAUUGUAGACAACAGAGUGAUCCACUUCUUUCUGCUUCAUGAGGACUUGUCUAUCCAGUAUAGCAUGCCCAUAAUCUACAAUUGAAGAUUUAGUGCUGACUUGAUGGAUAUAUCUUCAAACUCUUCGACAGUCAGUGCUGGGGUGAUUGAUAUCUUCAAACUCUUGACGAUUCAGCACGGGAUUGGUGGAUAUCUUCAAAGACCUGAACUUCCAGUGUUGACUUUUAUGGAUAUCUUCAAAUUGUGACAACUCAGCGUUUUGGUUUCUUCAAACUCCUGACCUUUAAGUGGUGUCAUGAUGGAUAUCUUCAAACUCUUGACCAUUCAUCGCUGUCUUGAUGGAUAUCUGCAAACUCAUUACCAUUCAGUACUGUCUUGAUAGAUAUCUUCAAACUCUUGACCAUUCAUUGCUGGCUUAAUGAUAUCUUCAAACUCUUGA